UGUUUAUAGAAAGAGUCGUCACAAAAUCGUUUGGACGAAAGGAAAAAAAUACGGCAAAUUUUAAGGCUCGUUAAGAAUAUUUUAAAUAAAAAUUUUACAAAUAUAAUUUUGAAACAUGUCUACUAUUUUUAAUGUGUUUAACAAUAUGAAUGAAAAUAGAUUGUCAACAACAGAACACUUGAAAGAAACAAGAUCAAUAAAUCAAACAGGUGGUAUAAUAGCUAAAUCAUUUGAUUAUUAUAAACCAAAAGGUUUAUCAAUAAGAUCUAAGUCUGAUCAGAAUAUUCCAACAACUAGCAGUGCAAUGACUUUUAAAAAGGAUGGUACCAAUAAUUCAUUUUUUUCAAAGAAUGAAUUGCCCAAUAAACAAUUACUUUAUGUGACCAAUGAAUUUUCAAAAGCAGGAUCAUUUGAAUUUAAUAAAGAGAAGAUAAUUGAAAAAAAUAUUUUCAAAGAACCAUAUAUAGAAGAGAAAGAGAAAAGAAGGAUAUUUCCAGAACCCGAAGUUUUAGCGCCGUAUUAUGAUCCAGAAUUAGAAUUAGAUGAUUAUAAUAUUGAUUUAGAAAAUGAAUUUAGCAAAUGUAUGUUGCAUGUAAGAGACGAUAUGGAUGAAGGAUUUGGAUCAGAACCUGAGGAACUUUCCUACCAUGAAAUACCAAAGCUUGAACUAUCUAUGCAUUUUUCUAACUAUGAAUUUGAAAGAUGUGGAUCUCCUGAUUUGCCAGAAAUAUCUGAUGAUGAAACUUUCUGAUUACAAUGACUGAAGAAAUUUAAUCUUAAAGAGUUGUGAUAAAAUAACAUUUUUAUCGAUUUAUCUGCUAUCCAUAUCAUCAAUAACAAAUUUCAUUUGGUUUAAAACAUUAGAUUAUUAUAGAUCAUUUAAUAUAAUAUAAUAUAAUAUAAUUUUAAUUUCUUUUUUACUUUAAGCUAUAGACAUACUUAAUAUUUCUUUGAUAUAGUAUCACAUUGUUGUAUAUUACUGCUAUUUUUAGUCAAAUAAAUGUAUUAUUUUAAAAUAUUGGCAUUAUUCUUCGAUAUAAUUGAUGUCUUUCUUUUAAUAUAAAGUUGUUUUAAAAUUGUUCAUCAUCUUUCGCUUGAAUUAAGUAUGACUUUCUUAUUAGGUAUAGACAAAAUAUAAACUAUAAAUACAAGCGAGAAAAAAUGUUUACAUCAUGGGCAUAUCCCUUAUCGACAUAAUAAGUCAUUGUAUUUAAUAAUCGUGUUAAUGUGACAUAAAUUUUUAUAUAUAAUGAAAAUAGUAGUACAUCUGACAAAAGCAAGAAAAACCAUAUUCUGAUUAUAUUGAACCAAGUCAGAUUAUAUUUGUAUGAAAAUAAAUUAAUUGAAAAGUA